AUCAGGCAGCGCGCCAGCCUGGGAACGGGGGCAAGAUGGCGGACGCCGAAGGCCGGAUUUCGAAGGCUGUCGCCCCUUCUGCAGCCCCAAUUUCAUUCGGCUUCACUCGUACCUCAGUCCGGAGGCGGCUGGCGGAUCCGGGAGACGGAGCGGGGUCGGCCCCAGAGGAGAAGGAUUUCUUGAAGACCGUGGAAGGAAGGGAGCUCCUGAGUGUCAAGCCCCUAGAAGCUCCCAAGGAACUGGUCAUCCCGUUGAUCCAGAAUGGCUGUCGCAGGCAGCCCUUGGUCCAGACCCCUGUGCCAUCCACAGAGGCCUUGGCAGAUAGGGUGCUGUCCCAGGCCGUGAAGGAGCUCAUUGAGGAAUCCAAGAAGUCUCUGGAGGAGAGAGAGAUCUCGGGUGUUGACCCCACGCUCGCUAUCCCCAUGAUCCAGAAAGGAUGCACCCCCAGUGGGGAAGGGGCAGACAGCGAACCCCGGGCUGAGACAGUGCCAGAGGAGGCUGAUUAUGAGGCUGUCCCUGUGGAGGCCUACGGGCUGGCCAUGCUUCGGGGCAUGGGCUGGAAACCUGGCGAGGGCAUUGGCCGAACUUUCAAUCAAGUGGUGAAGCCCCGUGUAAACUCGCUGAGGCCCAAGGGGCUAGGGCUGGGUGCCAACCUGACCAAGGCCCAGGCCUCAGCCUCCAGUGGCUCCUGCUGCCCACCAAGGCCAGAUGGGGAGCAAGAGAAGGAUAAGGAAGACCAGCUGCAAGGGCUGGUUCCUGGAGGAGCUGUGGUGGUCCUUUCUGGCCCUCACCGUGGCCUCUACGGGAAGGUGGAAGGCCUUGAUCCCGACAAUGUGCGAGUCAUGGUUCGUCUAGCAGUGGGCAGUCGCAUGGUGACUGUUAGCGAGUACUGUCUGCAACCUGUGUCCCAGCAGGAGUUUGACAAGAACUUGCAUCCUGGCCAGGUGAACAGAACUUCCUCGGGGCAACACAGUGGUGCAUCUUCAUCACAAAAGGCCCUCCAGAGUGAAGACCUCCACGGCCGGCAGAAAGACUCAGGGAGGAAGCGGAAACACCCUCCAGACCGACAGGAUAGGCCUGUGGCCAAGAGUGAGAAAGCAGUCACCAGGAGUCAGCACUGGCUGCACAGGGACCUGCGCGUGCGCUUUGUGGACAAGUUGCACAAGGGCGGCCAGUAUUACAACACCAAGAUGACAAUUGAAGAUGUCCUGAGCCGAGACACGUGUGUGUGCCGGACAGAUGAAGGCCAGGUCCUGGAAGGCCUGAGGGAAGACAUGCUGGAGACCCUGGUUCCCAAGGUUGAGGGUGAUCGCGUGAUGGUGGUGCUGGGGCCACAGGCUGGAAGGGUGGGCCAUCUGCUGGGCCAGGACAGAGCCCGGAGCCAGGCUUUGGUGCAGCUGCGGAGAGAGAAUCAGUUGGUGGAGCUUCACUAUGACGCCAUCUGCCAGUACAUGGGCCCCAGUGACUCGGAUGAAGACUGACUGUGGGACACUGCCACCCUGCAGGCCCUUGCCAGUUCCAUACCACCUAAGAGAAGACAAGUGCUUAGUCCUGCAGUGCAGGACAGGGUGGAUGGAUGAAUGGAUCAGAAGGAGACUAGAACCAAAUCCAGUGUUUACUAGAAUUGAGUGUAUAAUAAAAACCGUUUGAAGUAUUCAGUAGAAGAAAAAAUG